AUGAAGGAGAAUGAAGAUCGCCAUGAAUAUAAAGCGCAUAAGAGCGUGAAUAAUGUGGGUAUUGAGAUGGAGUUUGCGAGAUUGUGUCGCUUCUUUCCCAAACUUCCCUACGCCAAGCCUUACUUGGAAGUGAAUAACCACAACUACAACCAUCACCAUCGGCUGAACCCGCACGAACACUAUCACCAUCACCACCAUUUCCAGCAACAGCCGCAGCCACCACCACACGACACCACAUCACACAACCACCACACCAUCGACUCGCCCAUCAAACAGCGUCGGUCGAGUUCACAGGCUGGUUAUGGCGGCGGGUAUAUGUUUGGUGUGGAGGAGGAAGGCGGGGAGCGGCGCUUUAUAGCAGUGAGAGGCAGCCACACCCCAGCUGCCUCUUACGGAGAUGCAAGAUUCCUGGAGGAGCCGCAGGAGGACGCCACUCUCGGGCCUCCGCCAGGUCCCAGCUUUGACCGUAACCUGCCAAGAAACAUUACGAUACAGUCGGGCAAGACGGCGGUACUAUCCUGCAGAGUUUUCAACGUCAACGAUAAAUCAGUAAGUUUUACCAGAACAGACGACCUGCACAUCCUGACGGUGGACAGCGUACAAGUAAAGCAACGACCAGCGGGUGUCGCGACCGUAUUCAACGAGCCCAAACCUGGAAUGGUGUUGAUAAUUCGUGGAGUUGACUUUCCAGCCGCCGCCGGCUAUGAGUGCCAAGUCUCCACCAAGCUGUACUCAAGCUUCGUCGUCAACCUGAAAGGUUCGGGAAAAGCAGUCGUUUCAAAGUGCUCUGAACUCUACCACCGUAUAUACCCACUGUCAUCGCUUUACACAUCCCACUUGUUACUUGCAGAAGUUCCACCUACCACCACACCCACGCCCACCACUACGGAUACGCUGAGUGACCAGGAAAGGAUCCAAGAAAACGUGGACGAGGAAGCAGUGCCGCGGGCGUGGGUGCUCAACGCUCCGGAGAUCUUCGUCCACCGUGGGUCACCCAUCAACCUAACGUGUGUAGUAACCCACGGCACGGAGAGACCAGUCUUCAUAUAUUGGUACCAUCAUAACCAGGUUAUAGACUACGAGGGACGAGGAGGAGUGACGGUACACACCCAGACGGGCCGCGACACUGUCAGUCACUUGCUGGUCAAAGAGGCAGGACCUGGAGACUCCGGCAAGUACACCUGUAGUCCAUCCAACGGCGAAGAUGCCUCCGUUAACCUUCACGUUCUCAAUGGUGAAUAUCAAGCCGCCAUGCAGACCAACACAAGUGCUGGGUGGGACUGUUGCUGGACACUGGUGGUACUGGUGGCGUGGAUACAUCCUUUUUCGCGACUCCCUUUUCGGGGAAGAGAGCUAGAAAUUCAACUGUUCAAGACUCCUUCAGCAGCCGCCCAUCUGACUGUUUUUCAUACUAGUGUUAUGAAGUCUGUAGUUAAGAGGACGGGCUGUAGGAUCGAAGAAGCAAGAACAGGAAAUAAGACAAUAGUAAAGAACCAGAAAAUCAGGCUCAAGGAAGAAUUAAAUCUCAAAAGCAUUGACCAGAAAGUCUGUAAGAAACUGAGCAAAAAAAUUAACGAUGAAAGGUCAGAAGAAAUAGGGACGUUACGUGAGAGUCAGUAA